UGCACUCUCAGCUCCUGCAGCACGUGGGUGUUCCGUGCAAGCUCACAGCUGGAGCAUGUGCACACAUGCACGCUCCUGUGCAAGCACCCGGUUGCUGUGCACGCUCAUGCAGCCGCUGCAUGCAAGCACGAACUCUCCAGUGCAGUCAUUAUAGUUGGUGCGCACGCUCACGUGCAAGCAAAUAUCUGGUGCACACGCACACGUGUGUGCACUCUGGUGCAAGCACACGUGUGGUGCAUGCAUAUACACCAAGCACACAUCUGAUGCACACCCACAUGUGCACCUCUGUGCAGUCCCAGCAGAUAAGUGCACUCACACACCGUGCUGACGUGCAGCCCCCAGCCCGCACCCCCUGGCCCCACAGCCUUUUGUCUUUCUGCCUGGCUGCCCCCUUUCAGGGGGAUGAGGGCAAAGAAUGGUGCUGGGGCUCCUCCAUGUGGGGCGGGUAAAGAUCCCCAGGGCACGUGGGGGGAUGGAGGGGGGGGUUGUGCUCAGGGAUUUUGGGGACACGGUGGUCCUGUGGGGUGGCUGGGGGGUUCCUAUGGGAAUCCUUCAUUGGGGUGCUGCCAGGAUCAGCCCUGAAUGCAGCAUUGAAUGCCACGGGGCAGCAGUGGGGCUCCAGAGGCCUUCCAGUGGGAUCUUUGUAGGAGCAGCCAUGGGAUGGGAUCUUUCUUGGGACGGCAGCAGCAUUCCCAAGCAGCAGCGAUGGGGUUCCGUGGGAUAGCAAUGGGGUUUCCAUGGGGAAACCAAUGGGAUUCUAAUGGGGAAAAAAUGAGAGGUCCCUAUGGGGUGCAAAACCCCCUGGACAGAGGCAGCUGAGAGGACAGCAGCGGCUCCACAGGGACGUGGAGCCCCCACUCCCCCCCCCCCCAGCUCAUUUGCCAUAAUGCAAUAACGCAAUUCAUUUAUUUGGUUCUAUAUUUUCUCCUCUCCCUGCCCAACGCUGGUUUAUAUUUUAUUGGCAUCUUUGCCGCGCUGAAAGUAAUGUAAUUACGAGGGGAAUUUAUAUGUUGUUUCGUAAGUCGGGAGUUCAUUUUUUUUAUAUUAUUAUUAUUAGGUGGGGAAUAUUUAAGGCUCCUCGGGAACGAAAAAUAGAACCCAAUUCCACCGCGUCAUCUCCCCUGGUAUUUAUGCCUCUUCCCAACGAGGGUUUAAUUGAAAAUCGCUCCGUAUGUUCCCAGCACUGUGUCUGAUUAUGAGCCAUUGCCUCAUCCCCAUCCCUGAUGGCAUUUAUGGGGUGUCAGGGCCAGCCCUUACAUAUUUCCUUUGCUCUGCUUCUUGGGCACCCCUUCUCCUUGUGCUGUCCCUGUGCCUCAGUUUCUCCAUUGGGGACCCCUUCUCCAUGCACUCUCUGUGCCUCAGUUUCCCCACUGAGGACCCCCUCUCCAUGCACUGUUUAUAUGGCUCAGUUUCUCCAUUCUUUGCCCCCUCUCUGUGCACUCUAUACCUCAGUUUUCCCAUGGUGGACCCCUUCUCCAUGCACUGUUCCCAUGCCUCAGUUUCCCCAUUGAGGACUCCCUUUCCAUUGAGGACCCCCUCUCCAUGCACUGCCCCUGUGCCUCAGUUUCCCCAUGGGAGACCCCCUCUCUGCACACUCUUCCUAUGCCUCAGUUUCCCCACUGGGGACCCCCUCUCCAUGCUUUACCCCCUCUCUGCACACUCUUCCUAUGCCUCAGUUUCCCCAUUGAGGACCCCCUUUCCAUUGAGGACCCCCUCUCCAUGCACUGCCCCUGUGCCUCAGUUUCCCCAUGGGAGACCCCCUCUCUGCACACUCUUCCUAUGCCUCAGUUUCCCCACUGGGGACCCCCUCUCCAUGCUUUGUCCCUAUGCCUCUGUUUCCUCAUUGGGGACCCCUUCUCCAAGCACCAUCCCUGUGCCUCAGUUUCCCCAUGGGAGACCCCCUCUCUGCACACUCUUCCUAUGCCUCAGUUUCCCCAUUGAGGACCCCCUUUCCAUUGAGGACCCCCUCUCCAUGCACUGCCCCUGUGCCUCAGUUUCCCCAUUCAGGACCCCCUCUCUGCACACUCUUCCUAUGCCUCAGUUUCCCCACUGGGGACCCCCUCUCCAUGCUUUGUCCCUACGCCUCUGUUUCCUCAUUGGGGACCCCUUCUCCAAGCACCAUCCCUGUGCCUCAGUUUCCCCAUGGGAGACCCCUUCUCUGCACACUUUUCCUAUGCCUCACUUUCUACACUGGAGACCCCCCACUCUCUGCGCACUUUCCCCGUGCCUCAGUUUCCCCAUCACGGUGCCAGCAGGCUUAUGGGGCCAUGUCCACCCCCCCAGCCCUCCUCCCAUUGUCCCCGGUGGCGCAGGCGUCCCCGCGCUGGUGACACUGAUGGGCUGUGACACGGCGGGAGGUGCUGGCUACCCGCGCGGCGGCGUGCCGCCCGUCUCCUGCCCGCAAGGUAAUCGAGGUGGAAUAUUUGAUCGGCCGGGAAAUGAGCUGCUAAAUUUGUUGUGAGAUUGGUGUCACAAGCAAUCGCGGCGGCGUUCGGCGGCCAGAGGGAACGCGGCGGGGGGCAGCAGAGAGGGGAUACAGCGUGUUGGCACAGCUGGUGGCACUCCUCUGCAUAGAGGAGCACAGAACCAGUCCGGAGCAGAGGUGUCCCCCUUGAAGAGGUGUCCCCAUCGUGGAGAUAUUCCCAGUGCAGUGAUGUCCCCCGCUGGAUAUAUCAGCAAUGUGGAGAUGUCUCCAAUACACUGAUGUCACCCUGAUACGGAGGUGAUUCUAUGUCCCCAGUGCGCUGAUAUCCCCAGCUGCUGUGAUGUCCCCGAGGCGGCGAUGUCCCCAGUGUGUGCCUCAUGGGGUGGCACAACCAAGGUUACGGUGGUCAGGGCAUGGGGAGGACAACCGGGACCCAACAUGCCCAAAGGUGUUGGGGAGGAGGGGAACCCAUCUCCUCCUCAUUUGUUUUUAUAAUUACGCCUUUUAAAAAAAUGAAAAUAACUGGAGCAUCCCUUCCCUGGAGAGCUGUGCCACCACCAGCAGAGGGAAGGAGGGGGGGGAGAGGCACAGAGCGGCCCCCACCACCCUGUGCCAGGGGACACCCCAGGGCCACCACCCCCCCUGGGGAUGGCAGUGAGCGGCCGGGAGGAUGCAGCCUCAUCCCUGCCAUCGCCCUGGUGCCUCCCAGCCCAGCGCUGGGCGAAUGCCAGAGCUGUGCUGCCGUCAUCGGGUGGCAGAGAAAUAGUUUCCGAUGCUGCGGGACGGGAGUGGAGGGAGCUGUGAGGGGGACGGGGGUGGAGACAGGGAGAGGGAUUGAAGAUGGGGAUAGGAUCGGGAAUGGAGAUGGGGGCAGGGAUGCUGGCACAGGGGGUUGCGUUGUAGCCGCUGCGAGAUUCAAUUACAGAGGAAUUAAAAGGUAGUAAUAUUCAAUUAAUGUCAAUCAGAGACGGAUUAGAGAGAGGAGAUGUUUGUCCAAGGGGUUGGAUGGGUUUUGGUGGGGUUGGACACGGGGCUGAUAAAGGAGCUAGCAAGGGGACGUGUUGGGGCUUUGACCCGACAUGGUACAUCUGGCACUGACCCCACGCUGUGUCCCCCACAUCUUCGUGCCACAUCUCAGAGUCCCCAUCCCCUCCACCCGCCUCUGGCCGCUUUAGCGUUAAGCGAAGGGGAAGAAGGAGAAGAAAAUAGAAGAGGGCAUUGAGUGACUUCAAACACGGAGCGGAAGCGGCUCCUCCUGCCAAGAUGCUUUCAGAGAGCGCAGCUCGUGCCGUGCCGGGCAGCGCUGUCGUGCUGCGGUAAUCGUGGCGGAGCAGCUUCAUAAAUUGUGGAUGGCAACGGGGACCCUCUCGAGCAAAUACCACUCUGCUGGCUGUGAGCUGCAGGCCAGCGCUCUGCCGGGCUGGGAUCGUGCCCGUAUCCCCAUCCCACUGCCGUUGUGUGACGUGGGGACACAGCGUGAGCUGCCUGAAGGCAUCCCCAAAACACAGAGAGAGCCCCCAUCCUAUCCCCGCUCCUUUCUUGGGUUUAGGGCUCCGGGUGCCUCUCUCUGCUGGGACACAUUGGGGGUUGUGUCCUUGAGGCCACCGCUACCAGCCCACGUCCCUGCCCAGCUUUAGCAAAAAAGCCCCAAAUUGCCAGAGCUGAAAAUAGCUCCCGCUCAGCAGAUGGGGCGGGAGGACGGGGAAGUGCCAGCCUCGAUCACGUCUCCGCCGCCGCGUCCCCGCCAGGCACAGCACCCGCCUGGGCAGGAUGGCACCUGCAGGCCAUGGUCGCAUCCCCGGUCUUGGGGACGCGGUGACAUCGCUCGGGGCUGAGCUCAGCCUCAGCCUGGGUUUCCUCACAGUGUGGCCUCAGCUCCGUGUGGGGCAUUUUGGGGCCAGCUGCAGCGCUUGCGCUUUUUUCCAUCCCAUUGCCUCGUGCUGGGUGACAAGUGGCUGCGGGCGGUGACAGCGCAGUGACAGCAUGGGGGAGAGGAGACAGG